UGGCUGCCUGAUGAAGUAAGUGAAUUUAGAUGCUCCGCUUUUAAUUUGACCAUAACGAACGGAUAACAUCGAGACGUCGGAGCUAAAAAUGGUUUAUACUCAUCCAGAGACGCAGCCAAAGACGAAAUCUAACAGCGUGAAGUGAUUAACCAACGUGUCGAGGCCUGUUCGGUGCCCUGCUGGUCAUGGCGUUGAAGGCCCGUGUGGAGGCGGUUCUGAACGUGGGUCUGCGGAUCCCCAGCAUCAUGCUGCUAGAGGUGCUGUACCGCUGGGACGUCAGCUCCUUCUUCCAGAAGAUCCAGAGGAGCAGUCUCAACAAUAACCCUCUCUUCCAGUACAAAUAUAUUGCCCUCUACCUGCAUUAUGUUGGCUAUAUCCUCAGUCUGGUGUUGUUGACUUUACCCCGGCAGCAUCUGGUACAGCUCUACCUCUACGUGCUCACAGCUCUUCUGCUCUUCGCGGGACACCAGCUCUCUAGGGAUUACGUACGUGGAGAGCUGGACUCGGGUUACGAGGGACCCCUCUACCUGGAGCCACUGUCCAUGAACCGCUUUACCACAGCACUCAUCGGUCAGGUCGUGGUGUGUACGCUGUGUUCCUGCGUCAUGCAGACCAAACAGAUCUGGCUGUUUUCUGCACACCUGCUCCCCCUAGUGGCUAGACUGUGCCUCGUGCCCCUGGAGACCAUCGUCUUCAUCAACCGCUUCGCUAUGAUCUUCACCGGUCUGGAGGUGCUCUACUUCAUCGCCUCCAACCUGCUGGUGCCGUACAAUCUGGCCAAAACUGCCUACAGAGAGCUGGUGCAGGUGGUGGAGGUGUAUGGUUUGCUAGCUCUGGGCAUGUCUCUGUGGAAUCAGCUGGUUCUGCCUGUUCUCUUCAUGUGCUUUUGGCUGGUGCUGUUUGCACUGCAGAUCUACACCUACUUCAGCACACGGGACCAGCCGCCCUCCCGAGAGAGGCUGCUCUUCCUGUUUCUCACCAGCUUGAAUCCAAAUGUUUCCAUGGAGGUUCUUGGUACACUUCUUAUCUACAUCCUCUUCAUGGUGGAAGAGUUUCGUAAGGCUCCUGUUGAGAACAUGGAUGAAGUCAUCUACUGUGUCAAUGGGACCUACCGGCUCCUGGAGUUCCUGGUGGCCGUCUGCGUGGUGGCUUAUGGUGUCUCAGAGACCCUGUUUGGAGAAUGGACUGUAAUGGGCUCCACCAUCAUCCUGGUUCACUCCUAUUAUAACGUGUGGCUAAGGGCCCAGCUGGGCUGGCAGAGCUUCCUGUUGCGCAGAGAUGCAGUUCACAAGAUCCACAGCAUGCCCACUGCUUCCGCAUUACAACUCCAGCAACAUAAUGACAUCUGUUCUAUAUGCUUUCAGGAUAUGAAGUCUGCUGUCAUCACGCCAUGCAGCCACUUUUUCCACGCUGCCUGUUUAAAGAAGUGGCUGUACGUGCAAGAAACGUGUCCUCUGUGCCACGGCCAGCUCAAAAGCCAAUUUUUUUUUUUUUUCUUUCCAUGCUUGAAGUGA